AUGGACCUAGAAAGAGCCGGUAUUGAGGUCAUCACUAGUGAUACAAGUACUUUCAUGGCCAGUUUGAUAGUUCAACCAGCCUUGACAGAUAGAAUCAAAGCUGCUCAGAAAGUGGAUUCAGGGUUGGUGAAGCUAGUAGAAGAAGUCGGGAACGGGGACAAAUAUGACUUAAGCGUUUCCAAGGAUGGAGUUUUGAGGUUUAGUGGUAGAUUGUGUGCGCUAGCUAAUGACAAACUGAAAAGGGUAAUUCUCAAGGAAGCACACUGUUCUUUAUACACUUCACCCGGGGAGUACCAAGAUGUAUCAGGACUUGAGAGUCUUUUUGAGCAUCAGAGACUAGCAGGAUUGUUACAGCCACUUCAGAUUCUAGAGUGGAAGUGGGAGCAUAUUUUCAUGGACUUUGUGACAGGCCUACCAAGGACAUUGAGCGGACAAGAUGCUAUAUGGGUGAUUGUGGACCACCUAAAGAAGAUUGCUCACUUUGUGCACAUUAAACUUUCUUAUAAGCUGGAGAAACUAGCUGAGCUGUAUGCGCAAGAGAUUGAAUCGGAUGGAAUUGGAGAGGAUUCAGUUAAGGGCGCUACAAAGGAUGGAAAGAAGGAGGAUAAAAGGCAAAGGAAGGGGAAUCAGAAGGGGAGGUUUUUGGUACGGGAGAAAAAGUGA